AUUGGCCAUAGUUCUAGUAUAAAAUAUCCAACUCAAACAUGCAGCUUACAUUCACAGAGAGAAGGAACAAACAGCUUGUCAUCAUCUGAAACAAACCAUAGUCUACAAAUAAAAGAUGAUUCGAACCAAAAAGCAGAUUGUGAUUGUUGUGAUUUUUAUUUCUUUGGAGGGAAUGCUUGAAGCAAAUAGGUUAAUCCAUUCGCCGAAAACCCGAAAUGCUAUACAAAAGGAUGAAGCAUGGAUAAAAGCAAGGAGCUAUGAAUCCAGAGCACAAAUAAAUUCGGUUAAAAGAUCGAACACAAAUACCCCACCAUCAAGUGUAGCCUUCACUUAUAAAAUUUACGACGAUACAGAUGAAAUUGCAGUUGGUGAUACCGUUAGGUUUGAUACACAAAUCUUUGAUAACACAGGUAGCUUCGACCCAAGCACAGGCGAGUUUACUGCGCCAUCCUGUGGCAUGUAUGUGUUCAUGCUAAAUAUUCGAUCUAAUCAAGGAAAAGUAUGCUGGAUUGACAUCAUAAAGGAUGGUGGUGAUAGGUUAGCAACCGCUUUCGCCCAAUCUAGUGAGAACACGCAUGAUGGAGAUAGUACGUUCCUUACAAUCUAUCUGAAAGAAGGAGACAAAGUAUGGACCAAAAACCAUGGUUACCAGGGCACUGUCUGCACCAUAGAUUUUGAUUCCAGUUUCGCAGGAUUUCGUCUGAAUUAAUGACCUCAUUGGACCAGACCUAUUUUUCAUUGUAGCAACCGACAUGCUUGAGCUGUAAACACACUUCUUUCCAACGUACAUUCUUUUACUAACCAAGAUUCAUUUAGUUAUCUUUGCAAUAAAAUGCUGUAGUGCUUUUCUUAUAUUUAAGCUUUGCAUACCACUUCUAAUCAAUCAUGACUUUACCAUAGCUAUAUCAAUAAAAACAAGUGAUUUAAAUCAU